AUGGACGUCCUAACCUUCCACGGUUUGAAUGCUGCCCACUCGGCAUUUGACGACUAUUCUGACGUACUUAGUGCAAAAGAUUUCACCGUUGUGAGCUAUGAUAUCUACGGACAUGGUCUAAGCGAGAUUCCUAAUUAUGACGUAUUGGGCCGUCGGUACUCUUUGGACUUCUUAGUAGACCAGGCCGAAGAUGUUAUAUCCUUCUUUAAACUCGAAGGUCGCAAGAUCACUGUUAUUGGCAUAUCAAUGGGAGGAUGUAUAGCGGCCGCGUUUUGCGAACGCCACCCUGAAAAAGUUGAGAGGAUUAUAUUGAUUUCACCUGCAGGAUUGAUACCAAAGUGUUCUUUAAGUGUUCGUUUGGCAAGGUUUUUUCACUGUUUCAUACCCUGUGUGCCUCUAUGUGUCUGCCGCUGUUGUUUCCCACGCAAAAAUCUGCUGACAACACGAAGCAAAUCCGACAACCAUAUGCUAUGGAGGCUAUUCGUUACACCGAAAUCUUCCGCAGCAAUGUUAGGCAUCCUCAAAAGAGUGCCCUUGUGGAGUAGCGAUGGACUUUAUCAGCGAGUAGGUGCUUUAAAAAAGCCUACACUUAUUGUUUUCGGGGGCCGGGAUGUAGUAACACCACCGACAUGUGCUAUGCAGCUUCAUAAAUACUUCCUCAACUCUCAUGUGAUCAUCUUCCCCAACGCAUGCCACUUGGCAUCGUACAUGAUACCUACCCAUCUAACAAGCACUUGUUUGGCCUUCCUUCACGUCCCACCCAAUGAAAACGUUUCACGUUACAUCUUUUGGUUGCCCUUUGGACCCCAUGGCGAAUACAUAUGCAGGGAAAAUCGGAGGAUUAUAGAAGAGUAUGAGGACGACGUAACAGUAUCAUCUAUUUUGAGCAACCCCAGCGACGGCGCCCACAUCCGUGACAUCUCAUUCACAGACUACGAAGAAUGCCCAAUCAAGCCCGCCGAGUUCAACGUUGUACGACAUUUCAAGUUCUAUCCCGGUGAGAAUGUAGGUGUGUCGCCGAAGACAACUACGUUAUUCGCUUUGGCAGCUGGCAGGGUUAAGUAUACUCAUGACGUUGAACGCAACAUUAAGUUGGUCAAUGUGCUGCCGGAACCACCAGACGAGCUGUUGCGUGACGACCUAUGGCGUUACCGUACUGAGCAUGUUUCAAGCAUUCAAGACAAUUGUGCUUUAGUUUGGAGGCGUGUAAAGAGCGCGCAUUACAUGUUAUCGGAGGAUUCGUUGCUCAAUCCACCGCUUAAACCUCCACCUAGGGCACGAUUCCUCUCAAAAAACGACCCGUGGAACAAUCAAGCAUACCCAGACCUACCUAUCAACUAUAGGUUCCCGCCAAAGUUUCGGGGUUAG